AAAAAAAAACACAAAAUAAUAUUUAAAAAGUGAAAUAGAAAUUUUUAAAUACAUAAAUCAUUUGUACCUGUUGAUUGAUGGGCAUAAAAAUGAAGGGUAAAGGCCACAUUAUGCUUUUGCUGCAGCUACUGGUGAUGUUUGCAACAACAACAUGUUGGGGUCAACGUUCACCAUUUUCCUUACAAGAUGCCGUCGAUGAACUACAUCGCCAAGAAUAUCCCUUAAACGCCCCACCUGGUCAACAGACUCAUUUUAUGGCUGGAGCUUUUGGCAGCUCUCCAGAUCAGGACUAUUGGGAUGAAGACGCCGCAUACACUUACAACUCGAAAAAACCACGCAAUCGUUUAAAUAAACAACUCGCCAAAUAUUUGGAACGUGAAAACUAUGACGCUGAUCAUGGCGGUUUGACACUAGGACCAUUUGGUGGCUAUGAAUUCGAUGAGGAUAGUAAUAAACUCAUCAUUCCCAAGUAUCAGCAUGAUCGUAAACGUUCCUCUGUAUUUAGGGAACGUAGUAAUAUCUAUGAUGAUAUUCCUGCUUCUCUGUUCCGCGAACGUGAAUCACAAGAUGUUCCCGACCACUCCGAACUGACAGAUCAGUUCUUGCGUGAAAUUGAAAAGGCCCAAGAACACGAACGUCAAGAUCGUUAUAAAGACGCUUUGCGUAAUCUCUGGGAAAAAUAUCAGCAGCAAGAGAAUCAAAUAGAGGGCGAUAUCUAUGAGGAACAGAAGAAACGCAUGCGUAUGCCACCUUACUACAUGUUGAUGCAAAGAAAACGCUCCUAUCCAGUGCUGCCUUGGUUGCCCUAUAAUGCCGAUCGUAAAAAACGUUUUCCCGUUUCGAAGCGUUCAACCUCACACAUGAGCAACGAUAGUCCUUCGCUAAGUAAUUUGGAGAAAACUGACGAAAAUGUAGAAAAAGAGUUGAGUGAAUUGUUUGGCAGUGGUACGGAUGAAAAGAAGAAGAGAUCAAUUGACAACGGUCACUCUAAACCAACCACUACCCAUGCCCCCGACUCGGAGACAGCAACUACAACUGACAUGCGCUUGGAAAUGGAGAGCUCGCAUAAAAAUAAGACCACAGAAGAGAAUGUAAAGCGAUCAGUAACUAAUACUCAACACGAAAUGGAUCAUCACCAGCAUGCUGGGCACACCUUAAAGGAACACAAACAUGGCAAACGCAGCAACCACGGAUCAUCACAUGAAAGUCAUGAAGACGAAGGUGAAGAAGAGGAGGAAGAUUCAGAUGAAGAACACGACAGCGAAGAGGAGGAAGAAGAUCAUGAACAUGACCAUGAGCAUGACGAACACGAAGAUGACGACGAAGAGGCCAAACGUAAAAAGAAACGUAAUGCUACAACCUCCAAAAAGAAACGUAACGUAACUCUAAGGCGUACCAUGGACGAUUACAAUAUAAUGCGUAGUAAGAAAUCAAUUGAUUGGAGCAAAUAUUUUGGAAUUGAUCGUAAAAAGAAGGCUAUGCCUGUUGUAAAUGACAAUAAAGACGAUGAAAUGAAAAAGAGAAACCCCGAAGAAGAUACUUCAGCGGAAGAUAUAAACAAGAAGAAAAAACGUAAACUAGAUCCUGCCAAAUUGGACAAUAUGAAUAAGAAAUUACAGGCAAUUGAAGAUUUUAUUAUCAAUGAGACAAUAAAGUAUACUGGAGCUCAUGAAGGCAUUGAUAAUCCUGAAGAGAUUCAACGUCUUAAGGAUCGCGUCCUAUCGCGACUAGCAACGGCCUAUAGUUUGGAGAAAAUGCGUCGAGCUUUGGAAAAGUUGCGGCAAUCGGUUGACAACGAAAAUCACUUAAUGCGUAACAUUAUCGAUCCUGAUGCAGAAAACUCACUUGAAAAUAAUUCCCUAGAAGCCGUAAAGAAAGAUAAAUUACCUGUUACAUCACAGAAUUUAAAUAGUGAAGACAAAGACGAAGAGGCCAUGAAAAAGAAAAUGAAAAAGAGCAACGGUUUUAUGCGUUAUCCCGAUGUAGCAAAUGAAUUUGGUGAAUUUGAAGAUACUCUUCAGAGUCCAAAUCGUUAUGAGACCUUAAAUGAUGCCUACUUGGGUAAUAAAAACUACAUUUUGGGUACCAAUCAGUGUCCUAUAAUUGAGUCCAUGGCUGAACGUUGUCGCGGUGUUGAUCUGCUAAGUGGUGAUGUCAAUCAAGAACUAUUGCCCCUCUGUGGAGUUCAUCAGCUUUGUUAUUUAUGUGGUACUUCUCAAAUAGCUUGUGAUUACCAAUACCUAUCGGAAGCCGAUGCCAUUUGCGGUAACAAUAACAACGAAUGUCAGGCUGCAGCUAGAUCCGUCUUAAUGAUACUGCGUGGCACUCCGGGCCCGCAAUUGGGUCCCCGUGAAUGCAUCAAGAAUUCUUGUUUGUACAGUGCUAUGCGUGAAAUUGGCCUCUAAACUUAAAAACAUGAGCCUCCUUACACAGGUUGUUGUUUUUAUGCUUUUUGCCCAAAAUAAUUUUCAUAAAAUCUCAGUGUAUCUUUUAGUUGUAAGUACAAGAGGGAAAGCAUGAAAUACAUACAUAUAUUUAAAGGAGAUCAAACUUAUAUACAGACAUAUAGAAACUAUAUAAAAAUGAAUCAAAAUAAUAUUUAAUACUAAUAAUAGACAUAAUAAAUCAUAUACUCUAUAUUGUGUGUAAUUAAAAAAAGUGUUUAACCAGAACUCCCUUUAAAACCACAAUAUUUUCCCCUCCCUCUCCCUUUACUAAGAAACCAAAUACAUACAUACCUACAUAUAUACUAUACAUACAUGUUAUUUAUAUUUUAAUGUAAUUAAUUAUUACUUUAUAUUAAAAAGAAGAAAAAAACUAAUGAAAUUUAAAGUUUCAACUGUUGAAAAAUUGUAUAUUUCAAAAAUGAGCGACAUUAUAUUUCAAACAUACAUACAGUUUAGGUAUAAGCAAAAAUUAAAAAAUAAUAAUAUACCACUGUAAUGUUUUAAAACCCCAAAUCCAAAAAUCAAAACCCAUAUUUAAAUGUAUUUAUUAAAUGUGAGUAUUAUAUACAAUAAACAAAUAAAAAAAUAUUUAACAAGUUAUGUUGCACCGAUUUAAAUAUUUAAUAAUAAAGGCAGCUAGCUAAAUAACAUAAAUUUUAAAAUGUUUAAA